AUGUUUUAAUUUUAAGCCAUCCCUUCCAAUGCUCGAACCUACCCCAUAAUUGAAUAAUAAAACGUAGUCCAAGAGUAAAAAUCUGAAAAUGAAUAAGAAUUACCCUGUGAAGCCUCAAUCGAUGUUAAUCAAUUACCAGAAUUCGAUAUUAAUUAAAUUCCAUCCUUCACCAAGACUCCAGACAAGUAUCCAUCUCCUAUCAAAGGCUAAAAAGCAUUUCAAGAUUUCGACUCCAAAUAACCAUCCACAUAAGCAUUUUCGAUCACAAGUCAAAAUGAACAUGAAAAUAUUGUUCCUAACACUAAUAAUGAUGAAUAAAAAGAAGCAGAUGUAUAGAAAUCAGAAGGCAAAAAAACUCAACAAAAGGGUAUGAGUGAAGAGAAAAGAAAGAACAACAAAAUUGAACCACAACUCUCGAUUUAAGUGCAUUCUGUUUAGAAUGAAUACAUAAGUGAAUAGUACUCUCCAGGAAUGUCAGAGAGAAACAAAAUCACUCAAUCAACUAGAGCAGUGAAUAAGGUUUUCAUAGAGAAAAGGUUUAACUUUCUUGAAUACAUUAGAUAUUGUCCUAUUUGUUCAAUUGAUCAAUUAGCAAGAGCCAAACAUUGUCAGUCAUGCAACAAAUGUGUAGCUUGUUAUGACCAUCAUUGUCCUUGGGCUGGCAAUUGCAUUGGAGAAAGAAAUAGAUGUGUCUAUUAUUGGUUCCCUAGUAUUUUAGAUUCAAGAAAUCUACUAUGCCUUUAUUAGCGUAUUAAAUUUCAAUAAACUAGUUUUUAGACAUUGCAAAAUCUAGAAUUUGAUCAUUACAACCCUCUCUUAAAAUUUUUUUCAAUUUACUUUCUUACAAAUACCAUUUUUUUCGGUUUCCUAGUAACGAGAUUGCUCUGCUUUCAAACAUUUCUUUCAUUUCAAAACCUAACCACUUGGGAAUUUUAUAGUUGGAAUAAGAUCUCCUAUUUGUAAGAAUUGCAAAGAAAGAAUGGAUCACCAUUUAGUUAAGGAUGGAAAAGAAAUCUAUAAACCUAUUGUAGAUUCAAUAUACCAUAACUCACAAUUUGGGAAUACAACCCAGAAAGAGUUUAUAAGUGA